AAUGUUCUUGCUUUUAUUUUUUAUCCAUUCUUACUUUUUAACCGACUUCAAGAUUUCUCAUAACAUAAACAACGAACAGUCAUAAUAAAUGAGUAAUGUUAGUAAGUAUUCACUGUUUAUUUCCUGUUAUACCACAGUCAAGCAGUCUGGAGCAAAAUCACCAGUUGCAGGUUGAAAGCUUAAGACGUUAGACGUGUUCAUGAAAUAAUUACCUAAUUCUGAAACCUGUUCAGUGUUGACUUAAUUAUUAAUAAGUUAUUAAGUGAAAACAGACAUUUGUGAUGACAAGGAAGAGUAAACUAAACGGACAAUGAAUAUUACAACCGAAAACUACAGUGAAACCAAUAACCUACCAAAAGAUGCCACAAUAACAACGCUUUCAACUCCGCCGUUUGAAGGAUUAGAGUUAGACCCAGGAGAAAAUGGUACAUCACCAGAAAGCGGUUAUAACGAUACCAUAUUUGCUUCUCCUGAAGAACCGGACUUACAACUAACAUUCGAAGUGUUAAACAUAGUGGCAAUAAUUAUGAUGUUUGCAGAACUGCUAUUGACACUUCUAGCAAUUGCAAAACUAAAACAAUGGAGAAGAAAUUACAGGAACCUGAUGUUGACACAAAUUAGCUUGGCGCGGCUUUUACAACGCAUCUUGAGCUACGCCAUCUUUUUGGAAAAGAAGCCAAAUAUUUUCGAUAAUAGUAAGCAACCUUGUCUAGCGUAUCUUACCUUGAUUACUUAUUUCAAUUUUGUUAUAAUAUUUCUUGUAUUCUUUCUUAUUAAACACAUGUAUGAUUCUUUAAUAGUGAUAUUUGUUAAAAUCAGCAAAAACCGUUUCUAUAAAGUAUCGAUAUUUGCAUGGCUAUUUCCUAUUCCUCUUACUACCACUUGGGUCGCAUUCGUUGUUUAUGAUGUUUUCGACAAGUUUUUGGUGGACGUGAUAUUUUGUACUUUAUUGAAAUGGACAUUUACUUUAAUGGGGACUAUUCUCUACAUUUGUAUUUUACGCAAGAUCUUGAAAGAUAAAUGUAGACAGUUUGCAAGAAGUUUGACGAUCAUUACAUUUUUGUUAUGUUUAAUAAUCAAUAUGUAUGCGAUAACAACAGAUAUUUCCAGAUUAAUUCGGUGUUAUUUAAUUUUGGUUAUUAAACAUAUAACUGGCUUCAUUUUAAAUAGUCUUGUCUUAUGUUUGUACAUAGCACUUAUAUCAUCUAAUUUUAAGCAUCGUAUUAAACAUUCUGACGCCAUUUCGAACUACAGCGUGGGUGUUAUAAACAAAGAGAUCCAACCAGGUGUGGAGAGAUACUCUGUGAAACUUGAGUCACAAAUAAUGCUCGAUGUUAAUUUUAAGUAAAAAGUUAUAAGACUGUG